CGUUACUCCGUUGGCAGGUGUAAACUAAAAAGGAAUCGAAGUGUUGUCUGCUGCGUUUUCUUUUCGACUUUUGUAGGAUAACGGAUUUGUUAGUAGAAGCAAGAAAUAAUGGCUCGUCGUAAACACGAAGUUCAGCUGCAGCAGGAGAUAGAGACAACCGAAGAAUGGGAGGAACUCAUGGCAAAAGAAGGAUUAUUUGUGAUCGAUGUGUAUCAGGAAUGGUGUGGGCCAUGUAAUGCGUUGGUGGCCAACUUCCGCAGGCUGAAGAAUGAAAUUGGAGACGAUCUCCUUCAUUUUGCCAUUGCAAAGGCAGAUACAAUAGAAGCCCUGGAUAAAUACAGAGGACGAUGUGAACCAUGCUUCCUCUUUUAUGCUGGCGGUGUUCUUGUGGCGGUGAUCCACGGUGCGCGGACGCCAGAGAUCCAGAGAACAAUCACGGAGCAGCUCCAACAGGAGCACAAGGUCCAGGAUGGCGCUGCUGAAAGAAAGGAGGUCAGAGAUCCAAUCAUUGUGGCUAUGGAAGAUGAUGAAAAACUAAAUAUGGAGGAGGAUCAUGUAAAGGAGGAUGAAGAAUCAGAAAUGUAUUUUAGAGGAGAGCGCAUUAUAUUUGGUGACCCAGAGUUGGAGAAAUCAGAGGUUAAAGGCUUCACAGUUGCACUUAUCAAGCCAGAUGCAGUGCAGAGUGGAAAGGUGGAUGAAAUCAUUGAACAGAUGGAAGAGGCUGGAAUUGAAAUAAUAGCGAAGGAGGAACGGCAACUGACGGAAGAGGAAGCAAGAGAGUUUUACUCCCAUCUCGAGGGAGAGGAUUACUUUGAAGACCUGAUCGCGUUCAUGAGCAGUGGACCGAGUUUUGCCCUUGUGUUGACCAAGGGUCAAAAAGGGGAUAAUGUCCUACAGGAGUGGAGGGAGAUGCUGGGACCCCCCACCGUCGAGAAGGCCAAGGAGGAAGCUCCAGAGAGCCUGCGAGCCAAGUAUGGUGCCAACAGUUACAUGAAUGCUCUUCACGGCAGUGAUUCGCCGGAGAGGGCAGCCAGAGAACUUGCAUUCUUCUUCCCGAAUUUGGCUCUUCCCACAGUGUCCGCUGACCGAUCACACAGACCACAGAGGACUCUGGCUCUUAUUCGACCGGACGCAUUUAGGAAGCACAAAGAUGAGAUCAUGGACAAGAUUAAAGAAGCCGGUUUCCGCGUGGCUCUACAGAAGGAAAUGACGCUGACGAAAGAGCAAGCCGAGGAGUUCUACAAAGAACACCGAGACAAACCAUACUUCGAAGAGCUCACCACUCGAAUGUCAAAUGGUCCUUUGAUGGCCCUGGGACUGGCUCGAGAGGAUGCUGUGAAGGGCUGGAGGGACAUGCUGGGGCCACCCGAAGUGGAGGAGGCUAAGCAACAAGCCCCCGACAGUCUCCGAGCCUUGUUUGCUGACGACUUACCUAUAAAUCCCAUCCAUGGGUCCGACAGUGAGGAGUCUGCUCAACAAGAACUUCAGUAUUUCUUCCCCAUGGAACAGACUGUGGCCAUCAUCAAGCCUGAUGCUAUUGGAACUAAGGAUGAGAUUGUUUCCAAGAUUCACGAAGCUGGUUUCAGGAUCGCCGCAAGAAAAGAAACCCAGAUUACGAGAGAUAUUGCGGAGGAGUUUUAUAGCGAACACAAAGACAAAGACUAUUACGAAGACCUUGUUGAACACAUGGUCAGUGGUCCCACACUGUUCAUGGUGCUGUCACGGGAAGAUGCUGUUAAAGGCUGGCGAGAGACGAUAGGUCCGACAGAUCCAGAGGUAGCGAAAACAGAGGCACCAGACACAUUGAGAGCACAUUUUGGUGAAAAUAUAUUGAAGAAUGCUGUUCACGGCAGUUCCAAUCCGGAACAUGUGAAGCAGUCUAUAAACAAAGUAUUCGGUCCUCUAGAAUUCAACCCAGAUGGUACUGUUAAAGUUGGUACUGUAGAAAUUGAAGCCACAUCAGCAGCAAGAAAACAAGUGGAAGAGGGAUCUCAAGAUGGUGAACAGGAUCAGGCCACAGAAGAGGAUACACAACAAAUUGAUCAGGAUCAGUCUGAAGAAGAGGAUGCACAACAGAUUGAUCAGGAUCAGUCUGAAGAAGAGGAUGCACAGGAAAUUGAUCAGGAUCAGUCUGAAGCAGAAGAGGAAUCGCCGGACGUUCAGCAGGAACAGCUGAAAGUCGAAGAGGAAUCACAGGACGUUCAGCAGGAACAGACCGCAGAAGGAAAACAAGGAACAGAAUCUGCAGAAAAACAAGAAGAAGGAGAAGAAACUCAACAAACUAGCCAGGACCAGACCAAAGGAGAAGAAACAAAGGAAUCGGAAGAACAGCAACAGCAACAGCAACAGCAAGUGGUAUCUGGAGAAGACCAAACCCAAGAGGCACUGGCCCAACAGGUUGAAGAUGGCAGCACCGAUGCACAAGCAGAAAACCGUGAAAGUGACGUAACUCAGCAGCAAACUGAGGCACAACCCGCAUCAGACGAGCAGGCAAAGUCACAACCACCCUCACGUCCAACCUCACAACCACCCUCACAGACUCCCUCACAACCACCCUCUCAACCGCCCUCUCGGCCGCAGUCCCAGGCUGCCAUUCCGUCUGACAGUCAGACUAAGACUGAGUCGGGCGAACAGAAAACGGAGGAGGAGAAACCCGAAGACAAGAAAGAUGACACUGCUGAAGGUGCAGAACAGAAAACAGAAGACGCCGCGCCGGAGACGGCCAAAUCGGACGAUGACCCCCAGCAAACGCAGGAAGUGGACAAAACAAACAGCGCUAACAUAGAACCGACCCAGAAGGACGAGGACCAAACAGCCCAGGCCGUCAAGUCCGACUCUAAAGAAGGUGGUGAUACUCAAACAUAGUUUUGAGAUUGUUGUUUGUUUUUGUUGUCUUCGACCCUGUCAAAAAUUUUGAAAAAUAUUCACCGUACUGAAAAAUCAAGUUUCCUUCCAUCUAUUCCAAUCGAUCCAUCCUCUAUUACUUCGGCGUCAGUAAGCUUGACACAUCUUCAUAAUGUUCCAUCUGUGCGAUGGUAUAUAUCAUGUAACUCACAUUCCGUCCAAAGAAAGACUGCUGUUUGAAACAUUGUCACCUGCUUCAUUGUUUUUAAUGUAGUAGGCAAGUUAAUUUAAUACUUUAUACAAAUUGUGUGUGAGGAAAAUGUAUAGCUGUUAAUUAUUGUUAUAUUAUCUUAACUCUGGGAAGAGUUUUUAACUAGUUUUCAGAGGUGUGGAAAUUUGAAAAGUGACUAAUUUACCAGCACAUAAGUUCAUUAACCAAAUAUUGAAAAAAGUAUUAAAUUUUGCAAACUUGUAUGGAAAAAUAGCAGUUAGAAUGGGCUACAGUCCUAAGUAUUUUUGUAUAAAACACUUACACUUAGUUAUGCAAGAAAUAUACUUUUUGUUUGUCAUGUAAAAUAAACUUAUUUUGUUGUUUUCAACAGAUUUCACAUCUACAAAAUGUACAUGUAAACUGCUGAAAGUAUUAAUGGUUUGGGUUUUUAAAAAAAAAAAAUUAUCAGUGUCACUUACACAUUACCAUGUUAGAAAUUGUUAACUGUGCAGUGUUUUCUUUCAUUCUUGUUUAAAAUGCAAUUUUGUUGAAAUAGCAAUAUAACUAUACCAUGACCACCAUAGUGGAAUUAAAUUAAUUAUAUAUUAAAAGACCUUGAAGUAAUUUUGACACAAUAUACACAAAGUCUAAUUAUAUGUGUGAUCUGGUGAAGUUUAAGAUAUUCCCAAGCUUUAAAGGCAUACUGUCACGGAUUUAAGGACCUUAUUUCUCCAAAAGUGGAUAAUAAUGAAAAUUACAUCAGUGUUUGGAAACAAAAUCUGGCUAUUGAAUCACCUUAACUAUGAUGGAGUGAAAUCCAUGUCAAUCCUCUUGGCAGUAUUAAUUUUAAAAUUAUGGACCAUUGCCAUAAUUAAAUUUUUUUCUCUCCAAAAUAUCAUUAAUAAGUGGAGUAUGAUGGUUACGUAGAUUGUUGAAUAAAGUUCAUUUAGGGACAAAUCAAAUACAUAUGUUUUACGUAAUACUUUGUUAGGUCAGUGGUCUGUGACAAUAUGCCUUUAAACUGCUACUUUGCCAAAACUAUUCACUCUCAACUUGGCCAAAAAUGGUUUUGUAAAUAUGAAUGCUGUUUUGUUUUUAUGGUAAUUUAUUUAGUAAAUUAUAAUAAAAAACGGGACAAUAUUUCAAAUCUUUAGGUAACUGCAAGUUGGUUUAUGCGAUUAUCUGUAGUCUGUCUCAUCCUCCUAUAAAAAUGUUAAGAAGAAAAGUAAGUGUUUUGAAAAUAACAGAAAACCCACUAUUUCUAUGUGCAAUUUAGAAAUCAAUUGGCUUGGAAAGAAAUAACUUGUAGUAAGUUCCAUGUAUGAAAAAAAAUGUGUUCCCUGUGGGAAGACGGGCAAUAAUAUUGGUGUAACCAGUUUAUUACUUAAUCCUACCACUCCACAUGUACAACGGUUCUGUCCUACACUGACAUUCAAAAUAUAUUUUAAAUUAGCUGGUUUUUCAAUGAGAUGUUUUUCAAAAUUAACAACUCAUGUGCUAUGGAUCAAGUGUCCAAAAUUCAGCCUAGAAUAGUUUGCAACUUUUAAUUUUAGAACACAACAGUUCAUCAUGUAACCUCUUGGUGGUUUACUUCAUUUUGAAGCUGCAUUACUGACAAUAAAUGAAGGUUUGUGUAAAAUAUUGUGUCCUGCAAAAAGGAAAACUUAAUUUUUACUUCAGUUUCUUCAAUCAGAUUAUAAAACCAGCACACACACACACACCUUUCUUUUCCACAUGAAAGAUAUGUAGUAUUUUAUUUUUUGCUAUGAAUUUGUUUGUUUUUUUACAUUCUCAUUUUUUGUACCACUAUUAACAAUUAUUUCAACUGUGAUAUUGAAAUAUAUAAUUUGUUUAAAAUGCAUUUAUAUAUGUAUGAAAAUAAUAAAGUUGUUAUU